AUGACGGACUCUGCAGCAUCGCCCGUCCACGGCGCUCACGCCAGCGAAAGCGACGAUGCAACGCAGCCUGUUUCCUCGCCCGGAUUCCCUUACGAGACCCAAGACGACAAUGAAUCGGAUGAUUCCGACCAUGACGAAGACAAAGUGAAGAAUGAGCAUGAUGACGAAGAGUCGACCGAGUCGGAUUACAGUCAAGAGAAUGAAGAGGCAUCAGGAAUCGAUAUGACAUGUGGGGAUACCGUGGUAUCCUGGAAGAACGCCGGUGGUCGAACCGAAAGCACUGACGAGCUAUCUUUUGAUCUAUUCAUGGACGCCUCGACCAAUACUGCGAUUUUCAAACUGUAUGGCUACAUUCUUCUCAAAGGCAAUAGAGGCAAAAGCGGCAAGCAAGCCAUUUAUUUAUUCAUACAUCCUGAGAACAUCCGAUCCAUCACGGAGACUGUUCCUGAUUUACCAUCUCAAUCAUUGACCAAUCUUGGUUCCAACUAUCACUCGUUGUGUUUCUUUUUGACGAAAGAACCUCGUCUUGUUGUCCCUCGCAACAGUAUUCUGGAGUCUAGACCGAAGACCGCAGCCCUUCUAGAGAAAAUUCGAGCUCUAGCUGCCGUGGUGAAUUUUACCGUUUCCUUUGGCAACACCGAGACUAUCACAUCGACGCUGCAGAGCCUAAGGUGUGUCUCCUCAGUCUUCUCUCCGACAUACACUGGCACUCGGCCGUCCACGAAUGACAGACACGCCAAUCUCGCCACACUGUAUGCUGGCAGAGGUGGUGAAAUGAUUCAAACGAAUGAUGUUACUGCCAGUGCCACAGUGCAACCACCUCCAUUGUAUAGCGAGGUUACCCCUGGCCCAAGUAAUAAACGUAAACGUGUGAACUCCGACAUUGACGAUGAUCGCUCUCCCGGUGUCAAUAACCAAAUCGUGCUCCUUCUCAAAAACAUUUGUGCUCGCCUCGAUACUAUAGACGACCGUAUCGGUCGGCUUGAAGAUAAGGUGACGGAGGCACUGGAUGUUGACCGCAACUCAUGCCGAUACGGAACGGAAGAAAGAACAGAAAUAAUAGAAGUGGUCGACAAUAGAAUUGAUGACUGCAUAACAGACCUGAAGGUUGAAUCUCACGACAUACUCCAAGAACUCAAAGAAGAGGUUGACGACACACUAGAGCGACUAGAUAAUGAGGCAAGCGAUAAGAUGGAGCAGCUGGAGAAUGAGAUUGAUGAGAACACCACAAAGCUAGUGAAGCAAUAUUUGAAGGAGAAGCUAUCAAAUGCCAGUUUGCGAGUGGACGGGACUGUCUUCCUGGACAUUUAG